UAUAUAAUGUAUAGUCAAUGGAUGAUUAGUGUCAAGACAGAAAUUGAAAGAAGAUUAUGUAUUAACAAAAGAAAUGAUGAUAAUAUGAAUCAAAUAAAUCAUGUAUUGAAGAAAGAUAAAGUACAACAAGGCUUAACAUUGAUGGAAUUGGCUAUUCUGGAAACACAAGAACAAACAUCAUUACAGUUGUAUUCUAUUGCAUUGAAUAAAUUCAUCUCCGCCCAUCCUUCUUCUUUUAAUGACAAUUCAAUAUAUCAUCAUCAAAAGAAAAAAAAGAAGAAGAAACAACAAAAUGAUGUUAUUGAAAGAACUAUAUGGACACAAUGUUUAUCAGUAUUAGUGGAAUGUCUUACAUUGAUCAUCAUGGUUUUUCACAAAACACCUUUACCUGAAAACAAAUAUCAUGUUAUUCAAUAUGGUUGUCAUCAAUUAGGACAAUGUUUAUAUUUAUUGAUUGAUGGUUUUCAAAGAUAUGAUUUACCAAGAUAUGUAGCUCAAAUAAUUUAUAUUAUCACUAUGACGAUCAUUUAUACUGGAAAAACGUGUAUGGAAUCAAAUACAUAG